AUGCUCCUGAUCCAGAGUUUUAACACCUAUGCUGAGCUGAUGCUGGGAGGACAGAGGAGGGCAUCACGGUCUGGUCAAAGCGGAGUCUCUGUCUCCCUUGGUCCAGUUGUCAAAAAUUAUUGGAAUAACUUGGUCCAGCUCAGCAAGCAACAUGCACAAGGGGAUGCAUGCAAAGCGUCUUUUCCACAAAACGUCAGCUAUGGCUCCAGACAGCAGAUCCAGCACAAUGCCUCACACGAAGAUGUCAGCACUGCCAAAAUCAGAGUGGCAUCAAGUGCCCCCUUCAUCCACAGCCAGGAGUCAAGAUCCACAGCCUCUGUAACCAGCUCUCGUAAGAGCAUCUCGUCGUCCAAGCUCGACAAAGCAGCUUUAAGUGCCUCUUCCUCAAACUUUCACAAGUCCAUUCUCAGCGCCCCCUCACCUCGUCUCCACACAACAGAUUCCGCUGCGGAGUUGAAAAGUGUUGGCUGCCAGACGGCGGAGUCCUCCUCGGUGCCCUGUGAGGCCUGUGGCGGGGUGCAGAUGAGCUUUAAGGAAAGCAGUGAGGCCCUGGUGUCUUUGUGCCAGUCUCUAGGUCUGCCCUGCUCUCUGAAGCAACUGAUGGUGACAGUGGAGGACUCACUGCAGCUGGGUCACCUGUCAGCUUGUGAUGUGGCACAGUGGACGUGUGAACAGCGCAAAGACAUGGGCAGACUAGGGAAACACGUCCUGGAGUCUGGAAGAGAUUUGAAAACAGACCGUAUCUUUGAAUUGUAUACGCUCCCUGCUAUCCGAGCAGAGCGUGAGGGAGACAGGCUGCGAGGGGAGGUGCAUUUGGAGAAAGAGACGUGCAGAGAAGAGGAGGAGAGGAGGCAAGCCCUGGAGAGAGAGCUCAGUAGCACACAGCUGCUGCUGGAGAAAGAGACUGCCAAGUACCACAGUGUCCAGCGCCAAAACGAGCUAGAGGAGAGUGAAGAUGAGAAAGCAGAGCUCACUGGCACACUUACACAAACCACACAGGAAAGAGAUACACUCCUGGAGCAACUUGCACAAAACAAGUCUCAGUGUAGUUCUCUGCAUGAGGAGGGAGAGAGGCUCCGAGCUCGUAUUGAUAAGCUGGAGGAGAGCAUGUGUCGAUUAAAGGAGGAGAUAGAGCAAGCAGCUCAGAGAGAGAGACUUCUCGUGACCUUCCCUGAACUCAACACCGCACAUCGAACAUCCGUACAAAGCACAGGAGAUAUGUUGCAAGAUAUGGAGCAGCACUUGCAUGCAAAUACAAUUCGGAUAAGAGUCCUGGAGAAGGAGAACGCAACUCUGAGCAGCAGUCUAGCCAGGCUGAGAGAGACGCAGAGAGGAGGAGAUCAAUACUGCCCCCCUCAGGUGGGUUCCGGUGAGCAGCAGAGGUUCUGUCCGCCAGUUAACGCUCCUCUUGGAACCAAGCACAGAGUUUCACCCAGCGCAGCUCAGUGUUCAACGGGUGGAUCAACAGUGACUAAAACAGGCCCUUGGGACCAGCCUCCCAUGCCUUCUCCUUCCUCUUCCUCAUCCUCUGCAGUUCUUCACCAGCAGACGCUCUGUCUGUCCCUCCCUCCAGACCCUGCUCAGACAUACACUAAAAUACGACAGGCUGCCCGCGCUCGCUCUGCAGGCUCACGCCACAGGAGAAAACAACCAUGA